AUGCCGCCCGCUGACGUCGAAGACACUUGGUCAGAUUCGGACGAUGAGUUAGAGGCGGACCAUGAGACUUCCGUCGACCUGGGCGUUCCAGACGGCCCCGUAGAGGACGCUGCGGUGCUCCUAGAUGCCGCUGUAUCGCGAAUAGGUGGUCAUCCUACCUUCCUAUCCACCCCCCAUCCGCCUACUUCGCAUGCAACAUGCAACAACUGCUCGCAACCGAUGGAGUUGCUCAUCGAGAUCUGGUGCCCGCUUGAAGAGAGCCCAAACGAUCGUGCACUCUACGUGUGGGCUUGCGCCAACGGAUCAUGUCAGCGGAAGGAAGGCAGCGUCCGAGCAUGGCGGGAGCUGCGCUUCAACAAAAAGUAUGCCGAAAAGCUCGAGCGAAAGCUGGCGCGCCGCAAGGCCAAGGAGCUCGAGGAAGCGAAGGCCGCCGCCACCGAAGCCGCCAAAAAAGCGCAACCCAAGAGCAACCCGUUUGCCCUCGGGGCUACGUCUGCGCCAAACCCGUUCGGCCUGGGGUCCCAAGUCUUUGGCGGUGCGGCGCCGACUGAGCCCGGACCCGAGACACAAUCUGCCGACCGCGACGGAUCGCCCGAGGGAGAGGAGAGUGAGAGCGACAGCGACAGCGAAGAUGAGGCGGACGACGCGGACGACGCGCUCGCUGCUGAGAUGCAGUCUGCUUCGCUCGAGGAUUCUCCCUGGAAAGCCCUCCCUGCGUAUUCACCCCUCUAUCUCUCGACCGCGUCCGAAUACCUCCCGCCGCCCCCGAAGGUGAAGGUCCCUGCGGGAGCGACGGUUGAUCCGGAUGACGACAAGGCGUCGAAGGGGAAGGACGGCGGGUGGGAUAUGGAAGGUUAUGAGAACUCGCUGGACAUCGACCACGUCUUCGAGCGAUUCACCAAGCGGGUCUCGUACGAAGGCGAACAGUGCCUGAGAUACGAACUCGGGGGGACACCGCUUCCUUUCGCGAGCGACAAGGUAUUCGACCAGCUCUUCCCCCUCCCGCCCGCGCCGCCGCUGCCCGUUACGAAGCCCGCCUUCAUGGUCACCCCUCCCCGCAAGCGCACGUACUCGCCAGACGCGCUCCCCCGCUGCCCACACUGCCAGGCGCCCCGCGUGUUCGAGUGCCAGCUUAUGCCGAACCUAAUCAACGUGCUGCGGACGCCUUCCGGGGACCAGAAGAAGCUCACGGACGAGGAGCGCCGCGCUGAGGUACUACGCGCGCUCAAAGGGUCGGGCGCCUCGGGCGGCAAGGGCAUGGACUGGGGGACCUGCAUGGUGUUCUCUUGCAAAAAGGAUUGCUCGGCCGAGAAGGAGGAGGGCAGCACAUGGCGGGAGGAGCUCGUGCUGGUGCAAUGGGACGAGUGA